UCUCUCUCUCUCUCUCUCCCUCUCUCAUGCUAUUAUUUGACCUGUCCAGUGUCCAGAGUGUCCUCUAUAUGCCUAAUUAUUAUUCUUAACAAUAUGUUCGGCGCGGAGAUGUGCUACGGAGUGCUUUAAAAAAAAAUCAAACGUUAAAUAUUACCGGAGAAAAACCAAAGAAAAAAUUCAAGAUGUUGAAAUUAAUCUUCACGGUGAUCUUUACGAUAAUCAUGGCAUACGACGACUACCAAGGAGCGACGAUCGAUGUCACGGACAGACGAGGCGCACCGCCAAAUUUGGUCGAAAAUUUGGAAUUUUGGAUGACGGAGCUGCCGCCUAAACUUCGAACGAUUCCGCUCGUACAACUCGCUAUACCCGGUUCCCACAACAGCAUGACGUACACGAUCGAGAGGAGCGACGACGUCGGCCCCGACGAGCCCGAGCUAAUAAGAUCGUUGGGUCGACUUUUCGCAACCGUGGCCAAACCGAUAAUCUUCAACUGGUCCAUCAAUCAGAAAAUCGCGAUUAAGGAUCAGCUGAACGGCGGCAUAAGGUACCUGGAUUUGCGAGUGGCCACCAAGCAAGACGACGAUAAGAUUUACUUUCUUCAUGGCCUCUACGGAGCAGAGGUGAGUCAGCCGCUGCAGCAGGUCGCCGACUGGCUCAACGAUCACCCCUUCGAGGUGAUAAUUUUGGAUUUUCAGCACCUCUACAAUUUCACCGAAGCGGACCAUCGAAAUUUGAUCGAUCAAGUCAAGUACCUCUUCCGCGGUAAAUUGUGCCCCGUGUCCGUUAAAUUCGAUCACGUCACACUGCGCUGGAUGAACUCGGAGAAGUAUCAGGUUAUCGUUGUGUACAGGAAUCCUCUCGCUCGUAAUUUCAGUGAUCUCUGGCCCACCGGCCUGUGGCCGACACCUUGGCCGGACACGAUAAGCAGAAGUACUUUGAUCGAGUUUCUGAACGAGGGCAUCAGGAACCGGAGUCUGGAAAAGGGAUACGUGUCCCAGUGUCUGUUCACGCCCAACGCGACUUACAUAUUCAAACAUAUUUGCCGGGAUAUUAGGUAUUUGAGCUCGAAAUGCCGAACCGUCGCGUUACCCUGGAUCGAAGAACAACGGCCCGGUGCCGGAGGUUUGAACGUUGUCAUAACGGAUGAUGUAGCCCAUGACAAUUUUAACUUCUCGAAAACCGUCAUUCAGCGCAACGAGGUGUUGCUCGGCAGUUAUCAGUCGUACUACAACGAGGAUAUUAAAAGACCUUAGUCGUAAUAUUUAUUUUGCAGAAACGGAUAAAAGAUUAGCCGCACAUAAAUUUUGUCUUAUUUUUGUACUCGACAAUGUAAAUACUUAUGUAGAGCAUGUUGUUAUAUACCCUGUUAACUGUAUUUUUAUGAAAAAUCAGUAUUUUUAUGGGCCUCGACAAAUUUGAUAAUAAAUGUGAUGAGUGAAACUCACGCAAUUUGAAAUUCGCGCCCCCCCACUUCAGCCGGUUCACUCAUCAGUCGGUAAGAGCGGGCUUUGACAAAAAAAAAACGUUAAAGAAGAAGAAACGUUAUAUACUUGUUAAAAAACAGUGGAAUAAAACUUUCUUUUUGUAAUUAGAAUAUACGUGUAAUUUAUUCAUACGGUAUCUUUUCAAAGAUGAUAUUUGUACAUUUUUAUGCUUGAUUAAUAAAUGAAAUUAUUACGCUGUA